GUAACACGGCAGAUGCGCUGGUUUCCCUUACCCUCGGGAAAGCGCUGUAAAACCAGGAGAAAAGAGGCUUUCAAAAGGCAGAGCACCAUCAACACCUUCGCGACAGGAUUACAAGUUUCUAAAUUCCCAAAGGUCCAGGCUGAUAGAUGAGAGGAGCAACUUUCUGAGCUGCUAGUUGAUUGAGUUGAAACGUUUUCACCAGAAAGACGUUUAGCUAAGGAGCCAUGGAGCCUGCAAAGGGAAGAGCUCAGCGGACAAGGCAAGUGCUGCUUUUCUUUGUUUUCCUGGGAGGGUCUUUGGUAUGUUCUAAGACCUGGAGCUAUUCCGUAGCAGAGGAAAUGGAGGUCGGCACAUUUAUAGCCAACGUUGUGAAAGACAUGGGUGUGGAUGUGGAAGACCUGGCUGCACGGGGGGCCAGAGUCAUCUUUGACGACUAUAAACCUUAUUUGCGGUUGGAUCUACGGAAUGGCGACUUGCUCUUAAAUAAGCAGCUGGACCGGGAAGCACUUUGCGAUCUCACAGAGCGAUGUAUAUUGCAUUUCCAGGUGUUAUUUGAAAAUCCCUUGCAAUUUUCUCGGGCUGAGCUUUUGGUCAAAGACAUAAAUGAUCAUACUCCCACGUUCCUAGACAAUCAUAUACUUUUAAAAAUCUCUGAAGGUACUGCUCUAGGAACCUUAUUCCAAAUAGACAGUGCACAGGACUUGGAUGUGGGAAAGAAUGGUGUUCAAAACUAUACAAUAAGCCCCAAUCCCCAUUUCCAUCUUAAAUUACGAGACAGUGAUGAGGGCAGAAAAUACCCAGAGUUGGUACUGGACCAAUCCCUGGAUCGAGAAAAGGAGGCUGAGUUUAGUUUAACGUUAACAGCCGUGGAUGGUGGGUCUCCGCCCAGGUCUGGGACUACACUGAUUCACGUUGUGGUCCUGGACAUCAAUGACAAUGCACCCGAAUUUGAGAAGCCAGUCUAUGAAGUUCAUGUACCUGAGAGCAGCCCUCUGGACUCUUUGAUCAUCAAGGUAUCUGCUACAGAUUUAGAUGCAGGAAUAAAUGGAGAACUGACUUACUCAUUUUCCCACGUCUCCAGAGAUGUACGGAAAACAUUUGAAAUCCACCCAAUUUCUGGCGAAGUCUAUUUAAAAGCGCCUCUAGAUUACGAGAUUAUUCCAUCUUAUAUCAUAAACAUUCAGGCCAUUGACGGUGGGAGCCUUUCUGGAAAAGCAAGCAUUUUAGUUCAGGUUGUAGAUAUGAAUGACAACCCGCCAGAAAUAGCCAUGACAUCUCUUACUAGCCCCAUACCGGAAAACUCUUCACCUGAGAUGGUGGUCGCUGUUUUCAGCAUACGAGACCAAGACGCUGGAGACAAUGGGAGAAUGGUUUGCUCAAUUCAGAACAACAUCCCCUUUCUCUUGAAGCCUACCUUCAAGAAUUUUUACGCUCUGGUAACAGAGCGCCCACUAGACAGAGAGGUCAGAAGUGAAUAUAACAUCACCAUCACCGUGACCGACUUGGGGACACCCAGGCUGGAAACCGAGUACAACAUAACUGUGCUGAUCUCCGACGUCAACGACAACGCCCCCGCCUUCACACAGACCUCCUACACCCUCUUCGUUCGCGAGAACAACAGCCCCGCCCUGCACAUCGGCAGCGUCAGCGCCACAGACAGAGACUCAGGCACCAACGCCCAGGUCACCUACUCGCUGCUGCCACCCCAAGACACACACCUGCCCCUGGCCUUCCUGGUCUCCAUCAACGCGGACAACGGACACCUGUUCGCCCUCCGGUCGCUGGACUACGAGGCCCUGCAGGCGUUCGAGUUCCGCGUGGUCGCCACAGACCGCGGCUCCCCGGCGCUGAGCAGCGAGGCGCUGGUGCGCGUGCUGGUGCUGGACGCCAACGACAACUCGCCCUUCGUGCUGUACCCGCUGCAGAACGGCUCCGCGCCCUGCACCGAGCUGGUGCCCCGGGCGGCCGAGCCGGGCUACCUGGUGACCAAGGUGGUGGCGGUGGACGGCGACUCGGGCCAGAACGCCUGGCUGUCGUUCCAGCUGCUCAAGGCCACGGAGCCCGGGCUGUUCCGCGUGUGGGCGCACAAUGGCGAGGUGCGCACCGCCAGGCUGCUGAGCGAGCGCGACGCGGCCAAGCACAGGCUGGUGGUGCUGGUCAAGGACAAUGGCGAGCCUCCGCGCUCGGCCACCGCCACGCUGCACGUGCUCCUGGUGGACGGCUUCUCCCAGCCCUACCUGCCGCUCCCGGAGGCGGCCCCGGCCCAGGUCCAGGCCGACUCGCUCACCGUCUACCUGGUGGUGGCAUUGGCCUCGGUGUCGUCGCUCUUCCUGUUCUCGGUGCUCCUGUUCGUGGCUGUGCGGCUGUGCAGGAGGAGCAGGGCGGCCUCGGUGGGUCGCUACUCGGUGCCCGAGGGUCCCUUUCCAGGGCACCUGGUGGACGUGAGCGGCACCGGGACCCUGUCUCAGAGCUACCAGUACGAGGUGUGUCUGUCUGGAGGUUCCGAGACAAAUGAGUUCAAGUUUCUGAAGCCGAUCAUUCCCAAUCUGGUGCCCCGGGGAGGCGAUGGAGAAAGCCCCGCCUUUCUGAAUGGCAUGGAAUUCAAUUAGGGAUUUGAUUAUGAUGCAGAACUUUUAGAAUGAGUGUAUUUCUUUGAAAUCUUA